GCGCUCGCAGCGGCACUUCGCUCACUUCCCGGCCCCACGCGGCAGACGCCGCCGCUCCCCUCGCCCGCGGCCGCCCGCGCCCACCCGCGCGCCCGGCAUGUGAGCGCGGCGCGCCGCCACCAUGGCCUCGCCGCGCGCCUCGCGGGGGCCGCCGCCGCUGCUGCUCUUGCUGCUCCUGCUGCCGGCCGCCCCCGGGACAAGGGGCCGGACGCCCUCCCCGGCCCGCGGCGGCCCCGAGAGCGAGCCGCCGCCGCCCGCGCCCCCCGGCCCCGGCCAGGCAGGCCCCGCGCCGGGCGCCGCGACGCGGCCGGGACCCUCGGGCCGGGCGCCCCGAGGCGGGAGCGCGGCUCCUAUAAGGAAUCACUGGUCAGAAAAUAACACUGAGCCCCACACAGAAAACAUCACCUUUGAUCAGAAUCAAGUGGACUUCUCAAAAGUGGUCUCCAAAGAGGGUGUGGUGGGUCAGACCCCAGGAAACAGCCAGCCUUCUUCAAAUGUUCCAGAAGACUUUACUCCACAAACUGAAGCAACAAAUGCUAGAGGAAGAAGUGGCUCUCUAAGGAGAGCAGAUUUCACCAUUUCCCCUGUUGGGCCUGAGGAAGCAACAGCCCUAACUUCUCAGGGCGUCACUUCAGCCUUGGGAAAGCAUCACCUGCCAUCCAGCAGUUCAGGGUUAGAAGGAAGAACUGCCCCUUCUCACACGGAGAGCAUGACAUUCCAGGGUCCCCUAAUGAGGAGGAAGGGGCUCCCAGAAGAAGUGACUGUGCACACUCAAGUGGCUGCCACUUCGGGGCUGAGCCAGUCCUCUCUUCCGGCUUUGGAGGUGGGAGAAGAGACCACCCCUUCCAGGAGAAGCUCCUUGGAACCAGAGCUCUCCUGGCUGCCUUCCUCCAGGACCCUGGCUUUCUCCCCGCCCUCAGACCAUUCCGCAGCUUCUGGAAGUGUGGAUUUGCUGAGCAGCCCCACUGCUCUCCAGAGCCUGUCUGUCAGUCAGCUGAACCAUCUGCAUGCCGCCACCACGGUCCCUCGUGGGGUCCCAAGAAUGCUUCAGUCUUUAGCUGUCAGCUUGGGGCCUCUAAACGAGGUACAGAGUUUCACGGAGGAUCCUGAAAUUGCCACGACCUCUGUGUCAGUUCAUUCUUUGCCCUCUGAGGCAGAAUUGGGAAGAAACAGUGAAGUAAUUGGGAGUGUGGGGGAUGGAGAAUUCGAGCCAUCCACAGAAAAUGGAUUUGACCUUACAUCUCCCAAGGUUGCAGUGGGAUUUUGGCAACAUGAUUCCCCAACCUUGGGAGGACACCAGCUGGCCAGCAGCUCGGAUGCAGAGAAUGCAAGUCCCAUGUCUCACACUGAGGCUGUGUCAAGGUCAGUCCCAUCGGUCAGGGGUGGAGAGGACACAGCGCGCUGGGUCUUGACCAACAGCGAGGCAUUCACAGAUGUGACAGGAAGCUCUAGUUCCUAUCCUGAUGUUGGGAACACUUCAGUUUUGACCCAGUUCUCAGCCUCUGCCCCACAGUCCAGAGGAAGUGACACAGCGCUGGGUGAUAGGAGUUACUCUGAGCUGGCCACCGAGUCUCUGUCAUCAUCUUCCUCCGAAAGCCUGGAUGCCUCAGCGCCACGUGGUGAACGCUCGACCACUGAAGACAGUCCGGAGCGCCGUGUCAGUGCCGUUGCAGGGGAGGCCCCUUCCCAGGGGACGCAGGCCGGAGCUCUCAGCGCACACACCUCCGCCACCGCGCCUGGGACGGUCCCGGGGACUGGGGAGCUCGCGCUGCGGUCUCUCUCCAACGCGAGCAUGACUUCGGGGGCGGCGGGGCGCUCUGCGGCGGUGCCCAGGGAAGCAGAGGGCGCCACACCGCGUGGGAACGGGACCUGGGCCGCUGCCGCCACCGCGCCAGCCGCCGCCCACCUGGACGCAGGGUCGCUGGCUGCCUCGCAUACCCUCGGAGUCACUGGAAUUAGCCACGAUCAAGUGAGUGGCACAGAUAUUGACCAAAGGACUUCCAGCGACCGCACGGACCACACCUAUGUGACCUCUGCUUUCACCAAAGGAGAACGGGCUUUACUGUCCAUUGCAGACAGCAGCUCGUCCUGGGACAUAAGGGAGAGUUCCACCUCUUCCAAUAAGAUCUCAAACUCUUCACAUUCCAACUACUCUUUCUUUUCUCCAGCUCAGACUGAAAGAAGUAAUGUUUCAUCCUAUGAAGUGGAACAUGCUCAGCCUUCCACUGAGUCGCUGGUGCUGCAUGCAGCCAACCCUCCAUCCUACACCCCUGCCAUGAAUACAUCAGACACUACAGCUUUUCUGGAUGUGGACGCUGGGUGGGAUGGUGGUGCGUCUUCUUUGGGGCCCCCUUUGCCUCCACCCUCAGUGUCACAGUCCCACCAGAUGUUCUCAUCAAUCUUAGCCACAACCAGAGCCUCUGCUCAUGCAGUGCAGUCCAGCCCUGAUGCACCCACAUCUUUGUCUUCCUCACCACCACCUCUACCAGUAUCCCUGACAGCUUCCACCCCUUCCUUACUGUCUGCUGCCCAAACAACUGUACCGCCUUCACCUUCUACCCUGGCCGUGCCCAGGGCAAGGGACUCUCCUGUGAUGUCAGUUUGGACGUCGACAGUGGCCUUAUCCACGGCAGCACUCCCCAUAAGUCAGACAGCAGAUCCUGAGAACCAGAGCAGCACACGCCCUGAGGAAGUUGUUACGGAACUGAAGCCGCCGAGCCUGGAGUCUCUGCCCACAGAGGCCACUGAGGCUGUGACAGCGAGGUCUACUUCAGGGUUCCCUAUGCCCACAGCCCUAAGAGAGGCUUCUGCUGAGCCAGCCCUUCCAGCCACGGGCACCAGCAUAGCCCAAAUGUCUCCAGCUUUGACAACCACUGCUCUCAAGACCUCUCAGCCCCCCAUGACCACUCCAAGCCCCCCGACAAGCACAGCAGCUCUGAUGGCAGACUCCACAACAGUACAGACUACAGCUGGAAAGCAGCUUUUCCCAACCAGGCCUGAAAUUCUAGCCCCACAAAUCUCAACAGAAGGUGCUGUCACCACAAAAAGGAGCCGAGUCCAUGUAGAUGCCAGCACCCGACUGAUCCCUCUGACUAGUGUGCCCACCACAAGGCUUGGCAUUACAGAAGAGCACAGCCCUGCUUCCCAUUUCCUCAGAACAUCCUCUGCCCAAAGCACAGGUGUUCCUACAGCAGAAGCAGUGACUCCUAAGUCUACCACCCUCAUGGCUCAGAGCAGCACGGAGCCACCAACAGUGCUGUCCCCUCCAGCCUCAGUUAACAGCUGUGCCACUAGCCCUUGCCGUCAUGAUGGGAAAUGCCUUGUGGACCCCACCAGCCAUGUGUAUCGAUGCGUGUGCUCACCUUCCUGGCAAGGGGAUGACUGCAGUGUGGAUGUGAAUGAAUGCCUCUUGAACCCCUGCCCACCCCUGGCCAUGUGCAACAAUACUCAGGGAUCCUUCACCUGCAAAUGCCCAGUUGGAUACCAGUUGGAAAAAGGAAUAUGCAAUUUGGUUAGAACCUUCGUGACAGAGUUUAAAUUAAAGAAAACAUUUCUUAACACCACAGUGGAAAAACAUUCAGACCUACACGAAGUUGAAAAUGAGAUCACCAAAACAUUAAAUAUGUGUUUUUCAAUGUUACCUGGUUAUACCCGAUCUACAGUUCAAGCAUCUAGGGAGUCUAGCACGGUGGUCCUGUCACUGCAAACCACUUUUUCCUUGGCUUCCAACGUGACACUGUUUGACCUGGCUGACGGGAUACAGAAAUGUGUCAACUCCUGCAGGUCCUCUGCUGAGGUCUGCCAGCUCUUGGGAUCUCAGAGGCGGAUCUUUAGAGCGGGCAGCUUGUGUAAGCGGAAGACUCCGGAAUGUGACAAAGAAACGUCCAUCUGCACUGACCUGGAUGGCGUGGCACUGUGCCAGUGCAAGUCAGGCUACUUUCAGUUCAACAAGAUGGAUCACUCCUGCCGAGCAUGUGAAGAUGGAUAUAGGCUUGAAAAUGAAACUUGUAUGAGUUGUCCGUUUGGCCUCGGAGGUCUCAACUGCGGAAACCCCUAUCAGCUCAUCACCGUGGUGAUCGCUGCAGCCGGAGGCGGGCUGCUGCUGGUGCUGGGCGUUGCUCUAAUUGUUACCUGCUGCCGAAAGAAUAAAAAUGACAUAAGCAAACUCAUCUUCAAAAGUGGGGAUUUCCAAAUGUCCCCAUAUGCUGAGUACCCCAAGAACCCUCGCUCACAAGAAUGGGGCCGAGAAGCUAUUGAAAUGCAUGAGAAUGGAAGUACCAAAAACCUCCUCCAGAUGACAGAUGUGUGUUACUUGCCCACAGGUGUAAGGAAUCCUGAACUUGAACGAAAUGGACUCUACCCAGCCUACACUGGAUUGCCGGGAUCACGGCAUUCUUGCAUUUUCCCUGGACAGUAUAACCCAUCUUUCAUCAGUGAUGAGAGUAGGAGAAGAGACUAUUUUUAAAGUGCCGAAGAGAGAGGGGCCCACUGCUCUGAGCGAGUUACCCAGGACCUCAGUGGCUCAGGGCAGCGCCAGAGGGGGGCACCGCACACUGGCUGCCCCCAGGACUUGUGGAGCCACAGCUGAGUGGCAAGCAGAAAGUGGGGCAGGCGUGAGGGUUGUGACCACAGUGGAAGGGGACAGAUGGAACCUGUGGGCAUGGAACUGCAGGCUGCUCGGUCGGCCCCUUUGCUGUUACUGUGAAUGUGAGCGUGGGCCAGGGCCGGGAGAGUCUCUGAGUGGUGGCAGCCUGGCCCCACCGCCGGCUAGGCCAGGUCAUUGGGCAUCACUACAAGGACCCAGGUUUUCCUUAGUUUGCACUUUAGUAAAUUGGGGAUGUAGGCAGUCUCCUUUUGGAUUAUUUUCAAGACUGUUCCAGAAAGGGGGCUUCUUCCUCAGCCACUUCCACAGGCAUCAAUUUGGUGAUUCAUUUACAGGAAAAUACCAGCUCUUUAGUUUUUCUGCCCAAUACCUAUGUGCUAAACAGACACUGAGGAUGAUGAACAUACCACUAAGGCUUGGAGAUGCUGUAGUUAAUGUACAGUAUUUUAAUCUAUUUCUAGGUCUACAGUUUCCAAGCCAACCCCCAAAAUGAAGAAUUGAAAUUUGUGAGGCACAGCAUACAACUGCAGUUUGUUUUGGAGUCAAGGUGACACAUUUAUUUAAGAUUAUUUUUCCCUUUUGCAGUUAAAUCUCACUUUUUCAAAUAAGCCUGGAUCAGGGUAAAAUAACUAACAUUGGGUUUUAAUUAAAAGCAUCAGGCUGCUGCCCUUAGUGAGGCCCAGCAGGCAGCCACCAGCAGGGAUGCAGGACAAGGCCCCGGAGGAAGAUUUACGAAGAUUUACAGAGCCACCUGCGGGCAGUGGGUUUCACCCCUGAGAGUGUGGCCUGGUCCUAGAACUCUGACCUGUGUCUUUGAGGCCAAGGCUGCUGAGUAUAGAACAGAAACAGGGAGUGGGUUGCAGAUUGGGUCUGAGCUGGUAUUUUACCACUAGAAGAAAGGCAGCAUGACUGUAGCCCCACGCGGAAUGUGGCAGAGGAGCUGGCUGAACAGGCAGGUUCAGUCUCCUGAAACACGAGCGCUUUGAGAAGCUGGGUAGGUUCCUGAGGAAGACCGUGGGGCUGGGGGGGAGCCAUACCUGAGUCUGCUUACCUACUAGGGCAGCAUCUUUGACUGUAUCCCUGACCUCAUCCUCAAACUCAGUGUAAACUUUCAAUCCACCCCUCAAAGCAGUUUAUUCACUGGAGGAAUAACGUCUUUUCUCUCAUCCAGUCAUUUGUUCCUCCUACUGCUCCACAGCCCCCUCCAGAAACGUGGGGAUAGUUUCAGUCAGGAUUGGGGAACUGAAGACUUCUGGCCAGGGAGGGAGCUGGGAGUUUGCCUUCGGAAGGAAAUGCCACACGUCUUAUUUAUUAUGCCUGUGAUGGGUCCUGUGGGGAGGACGUCUCCAGUUGCUCAGUGUCUUUACCUGCUUGUGGAACUGUGAUCAUUCUCAUCACCUGCUUUUGAAACAUCGUAGUUUGGGAUGACGUGAGGAGAACACAGGUGGGACUGUUCCCACCCUGGAGCUUGGGGCUCAGUGGCACCUACAUUUCUGGAAAAGGUGUGGCUUUGGGGGACAGUUCUGUCCUGGGCAUUUUCUUCAGGGCCCUCUCAGAAUGUGUCUAAUCCUUAUUCUUAUGUGUCUAAGGUCCUUACAGUUCUAAGUGCAAACUCCUGUGUCCCAGGGUGUCCAGGAGUCACCUCACCCUGCUUCAGCAGGAGCUCAAGUCAGGUGUAAUGCCUCUUAGUAGGCAGAACGCACUCAUCUCCUGAGGUAGAUACAGAAAGAAUUCUGCUUUCGUCAGUGAGUGUCAGCCUAAAAUUUCAGAGCAUCAUCUUUUUGAAAUUUGGGGUCUUGCAUCUCUCUGUGGAACCCAAGCCUUUGUGCCUCAUGGCCUCGCAUCUAACUGGAGAGCCCCAAGCUCCUGCACUCAGCUCACCUGAGCCAACACGCUGGGCUCCCUGUGAGGUGGCCUCACUUCCUGGCUCCUGAUGCAGAGCCAUGUUUGUCCCCAGGACGCAGAGCUAUGCUGGGGUGCUAUUCCCAGGCAUGCUCAUCUGCCACCUUCAGCUGCCUUCAAAGAUGAUAAAUCAUCUCCUGCAUCAGGGCCAGAAGCCACAAGCUUCCCAGGGAAGUGCUCUGUCCCAUAAGCAUUCUUGAGAAAAAUCCCAAAGUCCAGAGAAGAGUGUCCUCUGGGUUCCAAGAAUGCUUUCCUGUGAAUGAGUUUUGUGGUUCUCAGGUGGAUAUAGAAUGUUGUUUUUCUUUCACUUUUAAAAGGGGGCCCCCUGCACCAUUGUGUUCACAUAGAAUCUGCGAUUUCCCGGAGGAUCUGCGGGUGGGGGACAUGCAUCUCUAGAGCCUGAGGGGUGAAGAGGCCUGAGGAAAACGUGACUGCUGCCUGGUGGCAGAUGCCCAACCUGGUGAGGAAGGGAGAGGCGGCUUCACUUCUGCUUGGGACUACGGCCCCCGAGGCGCCUUGCCUGGGCCAGCGGGAAACAGCUGGGGCAGCAGCAGCCUCUGGACUGAAGGCAGGGACAGGGCGCCCCUGGCAAGCCAAGCCCUCGGCUCCAACUCUGGAAUGCAUGAUCCAUGCACAGAAAUGCCGCAGUCCUGCAGCCGGGCGAGGCAGGAGGAGGGCAGUGCCAGUAAGCCGUCCCAGUGACCACUUCUGUAGGGAAGAGCCAGCGAAUAUCCCUCAGCAUGCCAAUGGGGCACAGGGACUCAGAGCAAGGCAGCUCACCUGCUGGCCUCCCAGCUCCCGGGGGUGCUGUGUAAGCUCCAGGGGGUCUUACUUCUUAUGUCUUCUCCUUGCUCCAUGAGACAGCCGGGGGCACUGGAGACAAUUUAGGGAGUUCAGAGAGUCACAACUAGCAUCUCAUGUUCCUCCCAUGGCCAGCCUCUGCAGGGUUCUUGGCCUCCCCAUACCCUUGAGAGGCGGGCAUGAAUGUGCCCAUUUCUGAGACAGGGGAACCUUCAGGGAGGAUCAGUAUCUUGCCUCAUAGAGCCAGGAUUUGAACCCUUCUGCCUAGCUUGCUCUGCCCACUGUACCUCCUGCCUCAUCUUCCUGGCAGAUGCCUCACCGUCCAGGGUACUUUAAAUGUCAAAGAGGGCAUGACAGAGUGAGCUGAAAUAUGUUUUCUUUAAAGAA